UUGCAAAAUGUUAGAUCUUCCCUCCUCUCCCCUCCCUUUUCUGCCUCUGCUGUCCAGCCGAUAAAUGUCCAGGAGUAUGCAAACUCUUCCCCAUUUUGUCCUGAGGAAAAAGGAAGCUUCCAUAAUUUCUCCAGGCAGAUGCUGUUGAAGCUGUAGCUCUCCUCAGGCUCUGAGAGGGAAGAAAAAACAAGCACACAUUGAAGUGUGGGCAAGCAGGUAACAGGAAACCUGCCCACCAUGGAGAAGAACAGCACAAUUAUUCCACUUACUUCAGAUUUACUUAACAAGAAGGAGACUGUGUGCAUUUUUGGCACAGGAGAUUUUGGAAGAUCUCUUGGAUACAAGAUGUUGCAAUGCGGCUAUUCUAUAGUAUAUGGAAGCCGAAAUCCUCAAGCCUCUGGACUGAUCCCGGAAGGUGCCACAAUCUCAUCACAUGCGGAAGCAGCACAAAUGGCCAACGUGAUCAUUAUUGCCAUCCACCGAGGGCACUACAACUUUCUUGAAAGCCUAGGGGAAGUUCUCCAUGGGAAAGUACUGGUGGAUGUGAGCAACAACCUCAAAACAAACCAGUAUCCUGAAUCCAACGCUGAAUAUCUUGCCCAGUUAAUGCCAAAUAGUAAAGUGGUGAAAGCUUUUAACACAGUGUCGGCUUGGGCUCUGCAGUCAGGUGGGCUGGACGCAAGCAGACAGGUCUUUGUCUGUGGAGAUGACCACAAGUCAAAAGACAAAGUGAUGGAGAUUGUUCGAAGCCUUGGUCUCACUCCAGUGGAUAAGGGCUCUCUUUUGGCAGCAACGGAAAUUGAAAAUUACCCUUUGCGGCUUUUUCCAAUGUGGAAAUACCCCAUCCUCCUCUCCCUUGGCCUCAGUGCAUUUGUCUUAGUGUACUCCAUAAUCCGUGAUGUGGUCUACAAUUAUGUCGAGAAGGACAAAAAGUAUUUCUUCUUUAUUGCCAUUAGCAUCCCAAAUCGCAUUUGCCCUGUUGUGGCACUCGUCCUUCUCGCUCUGGUUUACUUACCUGGGAUCUUUGCUGCUAUUCUCCAGUUAUACAGAGGCACUAAAUACAGUCAUUUCCCAAACUGGCUGGACCAGUGGAUGCUUUGCAGAAAGCAACUUGGCUUGGUAGCCUUGGCAUAUGCCUUCCUACAUGUUUUGUAUACACUCGUCAUCCCUAUUCGAUAUUAUGUAAGAUGGAGAAUUGGUAGCUAUACCCUUGAACAGGCACUUAACAACAGAACAAAUCCACUGAAUACAGAGAAUGCCUGGCUUAGUGACUCUUACGUUGCUUUGGGGAUCUUGGGGUUCUUUCUGUUCGUUCUCCUGGGAAUCACAUCCUUGCCUUCUGUAAGCAACAGUGUCAACUGGAGAGAGUUUCGAUUUGUCCAGUCUUACCUGGGAUACCUUACACUGAUCUUAUGCACUGCCCAUACAUUGGUCUAUGGUGGGAAAAGAUUCUUGCGCCCUUCUUCAUAUCCAUGGGGUCUUCCUUCCAUUUAUAUAUUCUCCCUUAUUAUCCCUUGCAUUGUAUUGGUCAUGAAAUUUUUCCUAAUAUUGCCUUGUUUAGAUAGACCACUAACUCAAAUUCGACAGGGAUGGGAACGGAAAAGCAAAUAUGUAAACCACAUAAACAAUGACGAAACAAUGAAAGAAAGUUCAGCAGUAUAAUCUUUUACUAAUUGUACACAAAUAAUGUAAAUUCAUGUCUAUCUGUACUAACGCAACAAUAAACUAGUGGUGCUUUAAAGGCUAACAAAACCUAUUCACCACAAGGUUUUGGUGAGUGUAGCCUACUUCAUCAGAUGUGCACCCCAGGUGUGUAUCUAAAACACUUUAAAAGGGCCAAAUAAUAAGCUACUAAAGCACACUACGACUGAGUUUUAAACAUUUAAUAAUUUCUUGCUGAAAUAAAACCAGCAGUCCUUGGUAAUAGUUCAUCAGCAUCUUGUCCAUGUUCUCUCCUUUUCUGGCUUUCAGAAUGGAAGAAACUACCUCCUACUUCCACCAAGUAUUUUGAAGUGGAAUCAGAUAUUUAUAAAACUCAAUAUAUCAACUAGAAAUAGUUUUAUGGUAUAAACUAUGACAAUAAAUAAGUCUGAGGUGUAGUUUUGAUCCCAUUUCCUAAAUUGUGGAGGUGUUCCAAGGAUUGUCUAUAGCUUCCAAAUGUAUGCAUCCUGUAUGGACUAUACACAUGAUGAAUAGCACAUGGGAAAUUCUGCACAUUUUACAGACACCUACCUACAGCAAAUCUAUUUUAAGGCGGUAGCUGCCCAUGGUUUGGUGGAAAGCUGGACUAUAGUUUUAUAAUUCAAUGUGUUGUCGAAGGCUUCCAUGGCUGGGAUCACAGGGUUGUUGUAUGUUUUCCGGGCUGUAUGGCCAUGUUCCAGAAGUAUUCUCUCCUGAUGUUUCGCCCACAUCUAUGGCAAGCAUCCUCAGAGGUUGUUGAAGUCUGUUGGAGACUCACUACCUCUGAGGAUGCCUGCCACAGAUGUGGGCGAAACGUCCAGGAGAGAAUACUUCUGGAACAUGGCCAUACAGCCCAGAAAACAUACAACAAUCCUUUUAUAAUAUAAUCUGUUUUAUACAGCCAAGCAAACUAAAACAAUACUUUAUGUAAACUAUGGCUACGGAUGUGAAUUAGACUGCUCAGUUCAUUUGUACUGAAAAGGAAACAGCGAUCAUUUUAUUAUGUCAUUUUAAAGAAAUUUCCUUGUGUAUAUAUAACCUUAUACAUGAGGUUAUGAAUCCUAAACCAAGUGAUUCCAUUCAAGCUUCAGCAGAUUCAUUACUAUUAUGAUCCGUUGCUUUCAUUCAAGCUUUUUCAGAUCUAAUACUACAACGAUCAAUUGAUGUACAAUACUGUAUCAUUACCAUCUUUAUUUUCGUGUCUAUCAUUUCCAUGUACACAUUUUUUUCCUAUUCAGAUUUUGUUUUUUUAUAACAAGGAUUAUCACAAUAAAAGAAAUCUGUUUUAAAAA